AAAAAUUAUACAUCAUCCCAACUCAAUAAUCUCGAAACUCUGCGUCAGAGAGUACAAAAAUUUGCUAAAAAUAAUUAAAAUCCCAACAAAGAACACAAUUUUUGUACACAAGGGAAAUUCCCCAACGACACACUCAUACAAACAUUAACAGCCUCCGUUGCACUUUUCACAAACAUCGGUCACCAAACUCAGAAGAAAAUCGCGCUGCCAACACGUGACGCCCAAGUAACCCACUCUCAUCACAUAAAACAUUAACACUCUCAAGAAAACGCCGAAACUUCCUUCUCUCUCUCUCCUACUCUGUCGUUACUUUCUUUUUUUCCUCUCCAAAAUAAUUCGAAUUUUCCUUUUCCGAUUAUUUUACUAUUGCAUUGCAAUUUAUCUUGGAAUUUUUUUUUCACACCAUAAUAAUUUUUUAAUAUUUCUCUUUGUCAGUUUUUGGCCGAAAGCAGAUCCCUAUUUUCUCCUCUGCUUCAUUCGACCGAAAUUUCGCGACAUUCUCGUAAUCAGUUUCUCGUAGAAAUUCCAUUCCAUUCGGAUUAGGGUUUAUGUUUGGAAUUCAGAAUCCGGAGAUUCGGGUUGGGGUUAAUGCGGAAGUGAUUGGCAAUUCCUUGUUGUGAGAAUGAUAAUUAAGCGGAACCUGAAAUCGCAAAUGCCGAGUCUGAAACGGCGGCGUCUCGGCGACGCGGCAGGGGAGGACGACGGCGACGAGUGCACGGCGGAAAGGAAGAAGAGGAGGAAGACGAGCGGGUACUGCUACCCUCUGAAUCUCCUCGUCGGCGUAAUACCGGCCAGUUUUAGCGGGCUUUUAGGCGCGCCCGAGAAAGGAUGCCAGGUGGCGGCGAGCUCGGAGGGCGGCAAGAAGAACGGUUCGCGGCCGCCGGCUCUGGUGCGGACGUCGCGGGGGCGGGUGCAGGCGCUGCCGUCGCGGUUCAACGAUUCGGUGAUUGAGGAUUGGAGGAAGGACAGCAGCAAGGUUGAGGUUGAAUGUGAAUUAGACGAAGAAUUCGAGAGUGUGAAGAAGUCGAGAAAAGGAAAGAUCAAUAAUAAAGGUAGAGGGUAUUCUACACUGUGUGAAGAGGUGCUGCUUAAGAAUUUUGAUGAUGCCAGCAAGGAGGAGAAGAAGAAGAAAGAGGGGUUGUAUGAACCAGAAGACUUUUAUGCUGGGGAUAUAGUGUGGGCCAAGGCAGAGAUGAAGGAACCUUUUUGGCCUGCCAUUGUCAUUGAUCCUAUUUGUCAGGCACCGGAGCUAGUUUUGAAGUCGUGUAUUCCUGAUGCUGCUUGUGUCAUGUUUCUUGGCUCCGCUGGGAGUGGAAAUGAAAGGGACUAUGCAUGGGUCAAGUACGGGAUGAUUUUUCCGUUUAUGGAUCAUGUAGACAGGUUUCAGGGGCAGUCUGAAUUGGGUUGCUAUAACUAUAAUCCCUCUGAAUUUCAAAUAUCAAUAGAGGAGGCAUUUUUGGCAGAUCAGGGUUUUACAGAGAAGUUGAUAGCAGAUAUAAAUACAGCAGCUGGUAGAACUGGUUGUGGUGAUUCUGUACUGAAAGGCUUUCAGAAGGUCACUGCUUCGAACCAGAAUGCAGCAUGUCACUUUCUGAACCAGGAUUUAUUUGAUAAGAAGAAAGACAUGCGAUCUUGUGAAGUAUGUGGAUUGGAGCUUCCUUUCAAAAUGUCAAAGAAAAUGAACUAUUUGAUUCCUGGCAGCCAAUUUCUAUGUAAAACAUGUGCUAGGUUAACAAAAUCAAAACAUUAUUGUGGCAUAUGCAAGAAAAUUUGGAAUCAUUCAGAUAGCGGAAGUUGGGUGCGCUGUGAUGGAUGUAAAGUAUGGGUGCAUGCAGAAUGUGACAAAAUUUCCAGCAACCUUUUCAAGAAUCUUGGAGGAUCUGAUUAUUUCUGUCCUACAUGCAAAAUAAAGUUUGAUUUUGAGUUAACUGAUUCAGAAAAAUCACAGCCAAUAGUCAAAUGGAAAAAAAACAGUGGGCAGCUAGUGCUUCCUAACAAGGUCACUGUUCUCUGCAAUGGCAUGGAAGGGACAUAUUUUCCAAGCCUUCACUUAGUUUUAUGCAAGUGUGGUUUUUGCGAGACUAGAAAACAAUCACUUAGAGAAUGGGAACGACACACAGGUUCCAAAUUUAGAAAUUGGAGGACAAGUGUUCUGGUGAAAGGAUCCAUGCUAUCGCUGGAAAAAUGGAUGCUGCAAGUGGCUGAGUUUCAUGCUAAUGCUGUAGUUUCUGUGAAACCUAAAAAACCUUCCUUUAAAGAAAGGAAACAGAAGUUGCUUACCUUUCUACAAGAGAAGUAUGAACCAGUUUGUACUAAGUGGACUACAGAACGAUGUGCUGUAUGUAGAUGGGUUGAAGAUUGGGAUUACAACAAAAUUAUCAUUUGCAACAGAUGUCAAAUAGCCGUUCAUCAAGAAUGUUAUGGAGCAAGAAAUGUUCAAGAUUUUACGUCAUGGGUUUGUAAAGCUUGUGAAACACCUGACAUCAAGCAGGAAUGUUGUCUUUGUCCUGUAAAAGGUGGUGCUCUAAAGCCAACCGAUGUUGACACAUUAUGGGUUCAUGUUACUUGUGCUUGGUUUCGACCUGAAGUAUCUUUUGCUAGUGAUGAAAAGAUGGAGCCUGCAUUGGGUAUUCUGAGUAUUCCAUUGAAUUCUUUUGUGAAGGAAAUUCAUGGUUCGUGCACACAAUGUUGCAAGUGUUCCACUUAUUUCCAUGCUAUGUGUGCAUCAAGGGCUGGUUAUCGGAUGGAGGUGAGUAUUCGCUAAGAUUAACUUGGCUCC